UGCGAUGUUUGUGUAUCCUUGAUCUUUCUGUGACUAGCGAGGAGUAGUAUGGGAAGAAGUCCUCAUCAUGCUCCCAGAUCAUGUUUCCAUCAUUCUCCUCAGUGCCACUGUCCCCAAUGCCCUUGAAUUUGCAGACUGGAUUGGGAGGCUGAAGCGUCGGCAUCUCUAUGUGAUCAGCACAGCUGCCCGACCAGUUCCCUUAGAGCAUUUUCUGUUCACUGGGAAUAGUCCAAAAACCCAAGGAGAGCUGUUUCUGCUUUUGGAUUCACGAGGAGUCUUCCACACUAAGGGAUACUAUGCAGCUGUGGAGGCCAAGAAGGAGAGGACUAGCAAACAUGCACAGACCUUUGGGGCAAAGCAGCCAAUGCACCAAGGGGGACCUGGACAGGACCGAGGCAUAUACCUGUCCCUCCUGGCCUCCCUACGGAGCCGUGCCCAGCUCCCUGUGGUUGUGUUCACCUUUUCCCGGGGGCGCUGCGAUGAGCAGGCAUCAGGCCUCAGCUCUCUCGACCUUACCACUGGCUCUGAGAAGAGUGAGAUCCACCUUUUCCUGCAGCGCUGCCUUGCCCGACUUCGAGGCUCUGACCGCCAGCUACCUCAGGUACUGCACAUGUCAGAGCUCCUUCGCCGGGGUCUAGGUGUCCACCACAGCGGUAUUUUGCCCAUUCUCAAGGAGAUUGUGGAAAUGCUCUUCAGUCGUGGUUUGGUCAAGGUCCUGUUUGCUACAGAGACCUUUGCUAUGGGUGUGAACAUGCCAGCACGGACUGUGGUAUUUGACUCUAUGCGCAAACAUGAUGGUGCAACUUUUCGUGACUUGCUCCCUGGGGAAUAUGUACAGAUGGCAGGGCGGGCAGGGCGUCGUGGCCUGGACCCUACAGGCACGGUCAUCUUACUCUGUAAGGGACGUGUGCCUGAGAUGGCUGAUCUGCAUCGGAUGAUGUUGGUGAGUUAGCCUGGGGAGGGGCAUGGG